CAGCAGGGGGUCGAGCCGUGUCGUCUCCCAAGUUCCCCAUAUUUCCAAGACUGAAACGAGGUUAGCGUCAGGGUUUUUGAUUCGCCAUGGGAGUUUUCACCUUCGUCGUCAAGAGCUCAGGAGGAGAAUGGAGCGGGAAGCAAUACGAGGGCGACCUUGAGGCCUGUGCUCCUUCUUCCUACGCGCUCCAGAGGAUGCUCGUCCAGGCCGCUCUCUCUUCUGACAGCUCCGGUGGCGUUCAGAGCUCCUACUCUCCCGUCACUCCUUCCUCUGCAGUCUUCCAGGUGAUUAUUGGUGGUGGAGGAGGUGGUGGUGCCUUCAUUGGUGGAGGUGCCGCAGCAGCUCCAGCAGGCGGUGCAGCAGCAGCUGCGGAGGCUCCCGCAGCUGAGAAGAAGGAGGAAGAGAAGGAGGAGAGUGAUGAUGACAUGGGAUUCUCUCUCUUUGAUUAAGUCUAGUCAUAUAAUGUGUCCUUUAGUUUUUCUAGUCUCCCCCCUGUUCAAUUUGCAUCUAUUGUUGGAUCAUUGUGAAUUGCUUGGAUGAGAGUAUGAGACACGACGAGUUUUGUUUGAGAUCUUUUGUUAGACAAUUGGAUGCGCACUAUUUUAAAUGACAGUAUUGAAAGUGUUGUUGCCUAGUUUC